AGCGGUAACACUGAACACGACGCCAUUUUACAGCAAAGUAUUUCUUCUGACGGCGUUAUUGUACUUACACAAAUCUGUAAUUUUGUAAAUAAGCAAACUGCAGUCCUUAAAUAUGUCGCAGCGCUUUGCGCCUGGCCAAGCGCCAGUGCAAUCGCGUUAUCAACCUCCGCCACAAGCGCCCGGGAUGCGUCCCUAUCCGCCAGGGACCGGCACUAGCUUCCCGCCACGCGGCUUUCCAUUGCACAAUACAGCGCAGCCUGUGCCAGGCGGCUCAGUGGCGCCUGUGGGCGUGGGUCCAGGUCCCUCGUUGCUGCAGCGCGCCUCACAGCCCAGUUUUCCAAGUGGAUUGCGCGGCAACGCUGGCGGCGUCGGCGGCGGUGGUGGAGGUGGCAGCAAGCGUUCUAAUGAAUCACGCAGCAUGAACGCCAACAAAGCUGAAUUUGCAGGUGGAGCCAAGAAGAAGAAGAAGCUCGCAGACAAAAUCUUGCCACAAAAGGUGCGCGAUUUAGUGCCCGAAUCACAGGCGUAUAUGGAUCUGUUGACCUUUGAGCGCAAGCUAGAUGCAACUAUCAUGCGCAAACGUCUGGACAUACAGGAGGCACUCAAGCGUCCAAUGAAACAAAAGCGCAAAUUGCGCAUUUUCAUAUCGAAUACAUUCUAUCCCAGCAAGGAGCCCAGCAAUGACGGCGACGAGGGUGCUGUGGCCUCUUGGGAGCUGCGCGUCGAGGGUCGCCUGCUGGAGGAUGGCAAGGGUGAUCCCAACACCAAGAUUAAGCGCAAGUUCUCAUCGUUUUUCAAGUCACUGGUCAUUGAACUGGACAAGGAGCUCUACGGCCCAGAUAAUCAUUUGGUGGAGUGGCAUCGCACUCAUACCACACAGGAGACAGAUGGCUUUCAGGUGAAGCGUCCUGGUGAUCGCAAUGUGCGCUGCACCAUCUUACUGCUCCUGGACUAUCAGCCGCUGCAGUUUAAGCUUGAUCCUCGCUUGGCGCGUCUGCUGGGCGUGCACACACAGACGCGGCCCGUCAUAAUCUCUGCUCUCUGGCAAUAUAUUAAGACGCACAAGUUACAGGAUGCCCAUGAGCGGGAGUAUAUCAAUUGCGACAAGUAUUUGGAGCAAAUCUUUGGCUGCCAGCGCAUGAAAUUUGCUGAAAUACCGCAACGUCUUAAUCCACUGCUGCAUCCACCAGAUCCGAUUGUUAUUAAUCAUUUCAUUGAGAGCGGUGCGGAGAACAAGCAAACCGCUUGCUAUGACAUUGACGUGGAGGUGGAUGAUACGCUCAAGAAUCAAAUGAAUAACUUUUUAAUGAGCACCGCCAGCCAGCAGGAGAUUCAGGGUUUGGAUACCAAAAUACAUGAGACGGUGGAUACCAUAAAUCAGAUGAAAACAAAUCGCGAAUUCUUUUUGAGCUUUGCCAAGGAUCCGCAAAUGUUUAUACAUCGUUGGAUCAUCAGCCAGACACGAGAUCUCAAGUUGAUGACCGAUGUGGUGGGCAAUCCGGAGGAGGAACGUCGUGCUGAGUUUUACUAUCAACCCUGGACGCAUGAGGCCGUUUCCCGUUACUUCUUUACCAAGGUGAAUCAGAAGCGUGCCGAAUUGGAGCAGGCGCUGGGCAUACGCAGCGGCUAAUCCUUGCCAGCGUUGCAAUUGGCUGCACGGCAAACAAAUUCAUUUCCUUUUGGCACUUUAGUUUAUAAGCUCAUAUGCUCUAUGUCUAUAAUUUAAUAAUAUAAUUAUAUAUUGCCUACCCGCAACAAAUAACAAAACAGCUAUAGCUGCUGAAAUAAAU